GGUAAAUAAACAAAGGCACGUGCUUUUUGCCUUGCUCUGUGUGAGUGAAUAAUAAAAAAUAAAUACAUUUUACACAUACAUAGUACACUUUUUUAUACAAGAAAUAGUUUACGAGAAAUUAUAGGUUUAAAUCUAAAUAGGUAAAUGAGGUUUUCAACUUAGAAUCCAGACAAUUAUGGCAAACAAUUACACAGCAUUGAGGACAGCAGUAUCAAAUUCCAGCAUACCAUCAGAUUUUGCUAAUGGAGAGCAAGACAGUGAUAGCAUGUGGGGCAGUGUAUCAGAGUGUCACAGUGAUGCUGGCAGUCAAAACAUCUCAUCAGUAGAGUCAGCUUCUCAUAACCUGCUGACAGUUCGACCUAACCCUGAUGAGGGAGACAGUGAGAUCGAGAAAUUGAUAAAUGCUGCAGAAAGAUUGGCUGCAGAGCGGGUAAAACUCCUGUCAGGCAGUCCUCCAGCAACAGAUAAACUGAGCCAUCAACCAGCUUGUACUGUGGGAUGUAGACCUUUCAGUGGAGCUAAUAGUGUAUCUCAAAGACAGCACAAUUCAAGCCAUAAGAUAGAAAGUAAAGGCACAUAUGAAGUGCAGAUGCCAUUUCAAAAUAAAGCUAAGGUUAUUGACUCAUUGGACUUAACACAAAGUGAUGAUAUUAACCUUGUUUCAAGAAUGAUUUCAACUCAUCACAGUCAUUCAAAAGAGAACUUAUCCAAAUUUAAUGCAUUAGAAGAUAAACUUCAAAAUUCAUUUAAGUCAGAAGAAAGCCUCUCAAGUUCAUUAUGUGACUCAGUUUUAUCUAAAACAUCAAUUUUAUCUUCACAACCUAAAUAUUGUAUCAAACCUAGAGAAGAUACAAAAUUAGAAUGGAAUAGUUUUAGCAACACACUCCAGGACCAUGCAAUUUGCAACAUUCCAAGAUUACCCCUGGAACAUGCAGGUGCUCUAAGUGUCACUGAUGAGAAAAUCGUUGUGAGCAAAGAUGUGAAGGAAGUGUGUAACUCCACUAUCAAAGAGUCAGCGUCAGACAACUUCGAGAUUCAGAUAGUUCCACAACAAAAGACUUCAAGAGGAGGAAGUGAGGAAACUGAGCAAAAUCUACCACAAGCUAGCGACGACUUGAGAGAAGUGUCAGUUGCUGUGCAUGAUGAGUGCAGUUCAAUGCUGAGUCUGGCUCUUACCUCUACCAGCAGCCUCGGCCGCCUUACAAGAUUAUUGCGGCAAGUCACAACACUGCAGUUAAGCACAGAUACACCCCGUGUUGCAGAGAAUGUGCUGGAAGAACUGAUGGAGUUUGAGAAUCAACACAGCAACUUGGAGGGUCAGUUAGGAACUGCUGCUGCACAACUACAAAUGGCUGUAGCUCAGGUGCAGGGCAUAGAAAUCCUUAUAGGAGAACAACAGCAGGAAACUUUACAAAUACAACAGAGUGCCUCCCAACUUUUAGGACAAGUUGAAUCUGGACUAGAAUCUAGUGGCUUGAGACAAAUGGUGGCCAUUACUUCCCCAAGAAGACGGAGUACAUCCCGUAUGUUAGAGGAUAUUUCAUCAGCUCUCACUGUACUACUGGGAGAGCUAAAUAGGAAAACUUUGCGAUCUCUCAAAGUGGAAGAGGAACGAAGACGUAUUUCUGAGGAAUUACAAACUGCAAGAGAAGCAGUAUUAGAGAGAGAAUCCAGAUUAAGGACUAGUGAACAUGAAGUUUUAAGAGUGAAAGAGCGGAAUAGAGCAGAUAUAACCUCACUGAGGCAGUGCUUGGCCCAGGCAGAAGAAAACCUCCGUGAAACACAGCUGGAGAAAAUAAAGAUCAGUGAGAUAUCAAAGAAAGAGGCAGUGGAAAAUGCUGCUACAGUGAUACAACUUCAACACAAACUGUCUGACUUACAGCGUGAGGCAGACUCCAGAGUGAGCCAGUUGGAACACAGGUUACAAGACACUGCUAAAGAGAAGCAAACUCUAGAGUCAACUUUGGUUGAAUUGAAAAACAAUUUAAAUCUUCGGACAAAACAAAUUAAUCUCAUUGAUGAAGAGAAUACUUUGCUUAUUGAAGGACUUAGAUCUACCAUAAAGCAGCAGCAGGAAGAGUUGGACCAAUUACGACUUCAACUUGACUCUUCUCUUACACACAAGAAGAACUUAUCCUACAGAGUAAAUGAAUUGGAAAGUGAAUUGUCUACAGAACAAGAACAGCACCAAAAGUUAAUAAAAGAAAUAUCGGCUUUAAAGGCGUCAAUCAACAAUCUGAAAUUGGAACACAGCGAGAGAGAAAAAGACCUGCAAGAUAAAAUUGACACCAGUGCUGCAACACGAUGUGAAUUGGAAGGUCAAAUAAGAUCUUUAGACCUCACCAUCUUACAGCUAAGGACUGAACUACAAAUGGAAAAGCACAGAUCUACAGCAUUAUCUGAAGAGACCGGCUGUUUGCAAAAAAAGGUAAAAGAUCUCCAAGAUCGAAUAUGGAGUCAGGUACAAAGACGACGGAACAAUAGCAGUGACAGCAGUAACAACUUUAGCAGCACCAAAAGCAGUGACAGUCCUCGUAACCUCGGAGGAUCAGCAUGGGGGAAAGAGGUCACUGUAGAAUAUGGUAGCUGCCUCAGCCCGCUUCCCACACCUACAGGGACUCACCAGUAUGAUGAGCACGUCCAGUGCAUGAUGAAAGAAGUAGGAGAUGGUCAGGCCAGAGAAGAACAGCUUCACACACUUUUGCGGGAGAAGGACGCAGCUCUUCACAGCCUUCAGCAGGCACUCUCCACCAAGAUCAAUACAAAAAACCAAGAGCUAGAGAUGCUCACCAGUAAAAUAUCUAUAUUAGAGGAUCAGCUGGGGUCAUUACUCUCCGGUCUUGAAGCAAGCGCUGCUAUUGGAAACAUAACAACAGAGGUUGGCCGCCUGCUGCAGGACAGAACUUGUCACCUCAACUCUCUUGAUCACUCCUCACAGUGGCUCCAAGAGGAAAUGUCCUCUCUAGCACUGGAGAAUCAGACCCUGAAUAAUGAGCUACUUGAAGCUAAGAGGCAUCACACAGAAGCAUCAGUGGAAUCCCAAGAAUCUGCUCGUAGAGCAAGGCAAGAGGCUCGGGAAGAACGACUCUCCGCAGCACAUCUCAGAGAGAAAUGCCUAGAGUUACAGGCAAAGUUGGAUUCUGUAGAAAUAACAUUGGAUCAUGAACGCCAGGAGAGACGAUUGAGUGAGACCGUGCAUGGAGUCAAGCACAGGGAGUUCAGAUCACUGCUUGAUAGUGCUGCAGCUCUCCAGCAGGCCCUGGAUGCCCAAGAACAAAGUGGGAAAAUGCUUGAAAAUGAGAACAGCAAGACUUAGAAAAAAAUGAAGCAAAGCGACAUAAUAUUUUAUUUAUUGAAUUAUAGGUUAUUAUUAAAUGAGAAGUCGCUUUAUCAUUUAUUAUUUUACUACUGUAUACUACAUAACAUUUAAAAUUAACAAUACAGUGAUACAUGGAAUUAACUGACACAUGCACAAUUUAACAUCAAACUUUGGAUUAUCCAGUAAUUAUAUUCCAAUUUAAUUAACACUGGAGUAAAUAGAGUUAAUUCAAUGGUGAGGACAUGAUCUCGGCAGGACAUGAAAAGUUUCACUACAGUGUUUUGGGGUUUACAUAUGUUCACCUGAGUGAUACACAUGUUUAGUGGAAUUUUCUUAUUAGCAGAGAUAGCAUCAAACCCCAUGGGCAUAGUUCUGAUGAUGAAGGAUACAAAAACUAGAAGCUUGCAGUUAUUCACAAAUAUAAAUAUAUCCCCCAUUGGAUUAACUCCAUGAGAAAGAAUCCAGCAAAAGGAAUCACUGUCUAAUGUCCAUUUUGAUCAUAACCGCAUAUCCCUAUACAGAGCAUCAUCAUGAAUGUUUGACAUUUCAACAAUAUGUUUCUCAGAGAUGGAACAUGAACAUAUAGUUUUGACAUAUGUGCCUAAUAACUUUCAACAGAGGAAAAGGACUGACAAGAUCCCUGUUUCUUCAGACAAGCAACCACAGAUGUAUUGUUAAAAAAAAAAAACACACACACAAAGAGUCUUCCCUCUAAAAUGAAGUACGAAAAGAAGAACCAGAAGUUCCUACAAUUAAAUAUGGAGGUGCUUUAAAAAAGGAGACCAUGAACCCUUUCUCUCAGAUCUAUCAGAAGAAAUGAAUCUCCUAAUCUAGAUAAGAUACAUCUUCCUACACUGACUGACCAUAAUGUCCAAGAGACCAUUGAUGGCAGCCAGAUAUAUUCCUCCACCAUUUUAAGGCAAGUCUAACAGCAAUUCUAAGAUGCAAAAAGUAACUUAUGUACAACCUGCUCACACUGUCAAUGAGAGGCCAUCCUCUAAGUAAAGAACACAGUUCAUCAGAAAUAGAAAUGACAUUCUCAUUGGAACACAUAGAGGAAGACACUUCAUUAUACUGUACAAAGAAAUGGACAUUCUCAGGGCAACACUUACUAAUUCAGCCCUAAAAUUCCACAGUAAACUUAAUCACUGAAACCUAUGACCACAAGAAAGCUUAAACCUUUUUAUCACUAAGAAACUUAAAUGGGCACCAAAUUCCAAGAAUGCCUGAAAUUAGCCCAUCAUCUACAUCAGUAAUCUGUAACCUUUCACCAGUGGUGGACCAAAUUAUCAUUAGGGUGGUCAGGGCAUGGGGUGGGGCCAGAGUUGGAGCAAUAACUGGAAAGUGGAUGUAUAGUACAGUGGAGAAGUAAUGAAAUGUUUGCAGAGAUGAGAAAAAUAUUUGUUGUUGUUGUUGUUGUUUAAUUAAUAAAACUGACAUGUAGCAACACAUAUGCUGUACUGUACUUUUAUCAUAGAAUAACAAUGUGAUAUAUUAUUGCUGUAAUAAUUACAGGUACAGUAUAUGCAUAUUGCAAAGUAAAAGUUUGGGAGUAGAAAUGUCAGUCUUGCAGUUUGGCUGCCAAAGUAGUGAUGUUUACAUCCAAGAGUUUUCAUAACCAAGGAAAGAUAUCAACAGUUAAUGCUGAAUGAAACUUUGACUUCAUUUGUUCCAUCCUCAAAAAGUUCUGUUCACGGGUACAUAUAGGUAUUCCCAAAACCUGUAUUCAUGUCAGUGGAAAGUCUCUUUAAAUCAGGUAAGGCUGAGACAAGAAUUGCAAAAUUUGAUCAUACCACUGACAUCAAAGGGUUGAGCACAGCAUUGGUUUGUAGUUUGGCCAUUUUUAGAUGCCGUAUCUAUUUCAACUUCACAUAAGUUGGGCCAUUGGUCUAGGUAGACAAUACAUAAGAUCCCUCUCUUAUGGUUCUAAUCCAAAAUUAACUGCAUUCAGUUUGAGAAUCAGGGCUUUAAAACUGGAAGCUUUCUUUCUGUGUAGAGGCGAAACACCUUAAUUUCCCUGGAAUAGGAUUGUGACAAUAAGCAUUCUUUAAAUAAAGAGACAUUUACCACAUUCUAGCUGGAAGGAUCAAUCUCACUUCAGGUGCAGUCAUCCUAAACUUAUCAUCAUGGAGAUACAGUACUCAAAUAUAUUUCAUAUCAACAUUCAAGUCUGUGAAGCUUACCUCUCUCCCUGGCCGUAGGGACAUGAAAAUACAGUACUCGAUUACAAAGGGGACUAGAAAAUACCUGACUACAAAGGGACUACAGCUUAUUUGUUUAUCCAUCAUUUCAGAGACAAAACCCCUAAACAACUUUCAGUUCUAUUAAUCUGGAACUGAAUGUCAAGACAGAAACCCUGGGAUCAUGAUUCCUAAAUUCCUGAAGUCAUGAGAAGCGAUCACCAACUGGUACACCCAACCUUAGGUCCACACUCUCAAACUUAGUUCCUUCUCUGCCUGUGUCUCCACCAAACUGAGGACAAUCAAGCAGCGAGAGAGGCAUAGGAAACAGACAGGUUAAAAAUAAAAGCAGAAAAUCACUCCAAGGAGUUAAAAAAAAUGGUUACAAAUCACAAAUUACAGUGUCUUGCUAGGCCCGGGAAUAAGCUAAUUGAUCAAAAGACUUAAA